GAGGGCUGCGCGGCGCUCUCUGGCUCCAGCCUGGGCUCCCCGUGCGACUCUCCCAGCCGCGGGCCCAUUUCGGGCUCUGGCGGGACCCGGCAGGAGGCGCGCCGAGCUCCUGGCGCUUUCUGAAGUUGUCCGCGGUAGCCUGCUGGGCGCUGACGGUGUACCUCUCGGGCUGACCUGUCGGAGCUCUAACGCCCGGACCAUGCUAGGAGCCCGGACACGGACCCCGGGUGUCGCCACCCGAGCGCGCGGAACAGCGAGCGCCACCGACUCUCAGCGGGUACCUGCGCCGCCGCCCGGGCUGCUGCUGCUGCUCCUGACUCUGGUAAGCCGGCUCUCUGCGCAGCCCGUUGCCCCCGGCCGAGUGCUGCUGUCCUCGGGUCUCCUGGGGGCUUCAGGGCUGCCUGCGGAAGAGGCUAUUGUGCUGGCGAACCGCGGACUCCGGGUGCCCUUCGGUCGCGAGGUCUGGCUGGACCCGCUGCACGACCUAGUGCUGCAGGUGCAGCCCGGCGACCGCUGCGUGGUGGCUGUGCUCGACAACGACGCGCUGGCCCAGCGGCCUGGCCGCCUGCGCCCCAAGCGCUUCCCUUGCGACUUCGGCCCGGGUGAGGUGCACUACUCGCACCUGGGCGCGCGCAGCCCUUCGCGGGACCGCGUCCGACUGCAGCUGCGCUACGACUCCCCGGGAGGGGCGACAGUGCUGCCUCUGGUACUGGAGGUGGAAGUAGUCUUCACUCAGCUGGAGGUCGUGACUCGAAAUUUACCCCUGGUCGUGGAAGAGCUGCUGGGGACUAGCAAUGCCCUGGAUGCACGGAGCUUGGAGUUCGCCUACCAGCCCGACACGGAGGAGUGCCGCGUGGGCAUCCUGUCUGGCCUGAGCGCGCUGCCUCGCUACGGAGAACUUCUCCACUACCCGCAGGUUCCUGCAGGAGCCGGAGAGGAAAGCGCCCCCGAGCCCCUCUUGAUGCACUGCAAAGCUUUUCAGGAGCUGGGCGUGCGUUACCGCCACACGGCCCCUGGUCGCUCACCCAACAGGGACUGGGUGCCCAUGGUGGUGGAGCUGCGUGCUCGGGGGGCCCCUGUGGGCAGCCCUGCUUUAAAACGCGAGCACUUCCAAGUGCUGGUGAGGAUCCGUGGAGGGGCGGAGAACACCGCACCCAAGCCGAGCUUUGUGGCCAUGAUGAUGAUGGAGGUCGACCAGUUUGUGCUCACUGCCCUGACUCCAGACAUGCUGGCGGCCGAGGACGCGGAGGCGCCCCCGGACCUCCUGGUCUUCAACCUCACCUCCUCCUUCCAGCCUGGCCAGGGCUACUUGGUGAGCACCGACGACCGCAGCCUGCCUCUCUCCUCCUUCACUCAGCGGGAUCUGCGCCUCCUGAAGAUUGCCUACCAGCCCCCCUCUGAAGACUCUGACCAGGAGCGGCUGUUCCAACUGGAACUAGAGGUAGUAGACCCCGAAGGAGCUGCCUCAGACCCUUUCACCUUCAUGGUAGUGGUGAAGCCCAUGAACACCUUGGCUCCAGUGGUCACCCGGAACACUGGUCUGAUUCUCUAUGAGGGGCAGUCCCAGCCACUCACAAGUCCUGCAAACAGUGGACCACAAAACUUGGUCAUCAGUGAUGAAGACGACCUGGAAGCAGUGCGACUGGAAGUGGUGGCCGGGCUUCGGCACGGGCACCUUUUCAUUCUGGGUGCUUCCAGGGAUGGCUCCGCUCCCAAGGCCUUUACAGUGGCCGAGCUGGCAGCUGGCCAGGUGAUUUACCAGCACGACGACAGAGACGGCUCCCUGAGCGACAACCUGGUGCUGCGCAUGGUGGAUGGAGGAAGCAGGCACCAGGUGCAGUUUCUGUUCCCCAUCACCUUAGUGCCUGUGGAUGACCAACCACCUGUUCUCAACGCCAACACGGGGCUGACACUGGCAGAGGGUGAAACAGUGCCCAUCCCACCCUUUGCUCUAAGCGCAACCGACAUGGAUUCAGAGGACUCUCAGCUGCUCUUUGUGCUGGAGUCACCCUUCUCCACUUCAGGGUACCUGCUUCUCCGCCAAACUCAUCCUCCCAGUGACGACCAGGAACUGAUCACAGGCCUUUGGAGGAAGCAUGGAGAAUAUUAUGAGCGAAAAGUAAUGGAGUGGCAGCAGAAGGACAUAACAGAGGGGAGGCUGUUCUACCGGCACUCUGGACCCCAUAGUCCUGGGCCAGUGAUGGACCAGUUCACAUUUAGAGUCCAGGAUAACCAUGACCCGCCUAAUCGAUCUAGACUACAAAGGUUUGUGAUUCGAGUUCAUCCUGUGGAUCACCUCCCUCCAGAGCUGGGCACUGGCUGUCCCCUUCGGAUGGUGGUACAAGAAUCCCAGCUCACACCACUGAGGAAAAAGUGGCUGUGCUACACUGACUUGGACACAGAUGACCGAGAACUUCAGUACACAGUGACACAGCCCCCUAUGGAUACCGAUGAAAACCACUCACCAGCCCCACUGGGCACACUGGUCCUCACAGACAACCCCUCAGUGGUGGUGACCCAUUUCACCCAAGCCCAGAUCAACCACCAUAAAAUUGCAUACAGCCCUCCAAGUGAAGAGCUGGGAGUGGCUGCCCGAGUGGCCCAGUUCCAGUUCCAGGUGGAGGACCGAGCUGGGAACGUGGCUCCUGGUACUUUCACCCUUUAUUUGCAGCCUGUGGACAAUCAGCCUCCAGAUAUUCUUAACACUGGUUUCACUAUUCAGGAGAAAGGCCACCACACUCUGAGUGAAACUGAGUUACAUGUGACUGAUGUGGACACUGACGUGGCCCAUAUCUCUUUCACUCUUACACAGGCACCCAAACAUGGCCAUAUGCAAGUGUCUGGACAGAUAUUGCCUGUAGGAGGGCUCUUCUACUUGGAGGACAUAAAACAGGGCCGAAUUUCCUAUGUUCAUAAUGGGGAUAUAUCCUUGGCUGAUAGCUGCUCUUUGGAGGUCAGUGAUAGACACCACGUGGUACCAAUCACCCUCAGAGUGAAUAUUCGGCCAGUGGACCACGUGGUACCCAUGCUAAGCUUUCCUACUGGUACUGUGGAGUCCUAUCUAGAUGUUUUAGAAAAUGGAGCUACUGAAAUCACUGCCAGCAUUAUUAAGGGGACUAAUGAGUACACUGAUGAUUUGAUGCUGACUUUUCUGUUAGAAGAUCCCCCCUUGUAUGGAGAGAUCUUGGUCAAUGGAGCUCCAGCAGAGCAGUUCACCCAAAGGGACAUCUUGGAAGGCUCUGUUGUUUAUGCCCACACCAGUGGUGAGAUUGGUCUGUUGCCCAAAGCGGAUUCUUUUAACCUGAGUCUGUCAGCUAUGUCUCAAGAAUGGAGAAUCCGUGGCACUAUUAUUCAGGGUGUUACCGUGUGGGUAACCAUCCUCCCUGUGGAUAGUCAGUCUCCCAUAAUUUCUGUGAGUGAACAGUUUGUAGUACUAGAAGGUGACAAAAGUGUUAUCACCUCAGCACAUAUAAGUGCUGAAGAUGUUGACUCCAUGAAUGAUGACAUCUUGUGUACCAUAGUCAUUCAGCCGACUUCAGGUUAUGUUGAAAACAUCUCUCCAGCUCCAGGUUCUGAGAAAUCAAGGGCUGGCAUUGCCAUAAGUGCCUUUUCUCUAAAGGAUCUCAGGCAGAGUCACAUUAACUACGUCCAGAGUGUCCACAAGGGUGUGGAACCUGUGGAAGAUCGAUUUGUAUUUCGCUGUUCUGAUGGCAUUAACUUUUCAGAGAGACAGUUUUUCCCCAUUGUAAUCAUCCCCACCAAUGAUGAACAACCCGAAAUGUUCAUGAGAGAAUUUAUGGUGAUGGAGGGCAUGAGUCUGGUGAUCGACACUCCCAUUCUCAAUGCUGCAGAUGCUGACAUCCCCCCCGAUGACUUAACUUUCACUAUUACCCAAUUUCCCACUCACGGUCAUAUCAUGAACCAGCUAAUAAAUGGCACGAUUUUGGUCGAAAGCUUCACCUUGGACCAGAUCAUAGAGAGUUCCAGCAUUAUUUAUGAGCAUGAUGACUCUGAGACCCAGGAAGACAGUUUUGUGAUUAAACUAGCAGAUGGCAGGCACUCUGUGGAAAGGAUGGUCCUCAUCAUGGUCAUUCCUGUUGAUGAUGAGACUCCCAGGAUGGCCAUCAAUACUGGACUGGAAGUAGAGAUUGGGGAGACCAAAAUCAUCAACAACAAAAUAUUAAUGGCAACUGACUUAGACUCUGAAGACAAAUCGUUGGUUUAUAUUAUUCGUUCUGGGCCUGAACAUGGCUUAUUACAGAGACAAAAGCUUACAGGUGCCUUUGAAAAUGUCACCCUGGGCAUGAAUUUUACCCAGGAUGAAGUGGACAGGAACUUAAUUCAGUAUGUCCACCGUGGGCAGGAGGGCAUCCGAGACUUAAUUAAAUUUGAUGUGACUGAUGGGAUAAAUCCCCUCAUAGAUCGUUACUUUUAUGUAUCUGUUGGGAGCAUUGACAUCGUCUUCCCUGAUGUCAUAAGCAAGGGCGUGUCUUUGAGAGAAGGUGGGAAAGUCACCCUCACAACAGACCUACUAAGCACAAGUGACUUGAACAGUCCUGAUGAAAAUUUAGUUUUUACUAUCACCAGGGCGCCCACAAGAGGCCACUUGGAGUGCACUGAUCACCCUGGAGUGUCCCUCACAUCUUUCACUCAGCUACAGUUAGCUGGCAACAAAAUAUACUACAUCCACACUGCAGAAGAUGAGGUGAAGAUGGACAGUUUUGAGUUCCAAGUCACCGAUGGCCAUAACCCUGUAUUCCGAACCUUCCGAAUUUCCAUCAGUGAUGUGGACAACAAAAAGCCAGUGGUCACCAUCCAUAACUUGGUCGUCAGUGAAGGUGAAAGCAAGAUGAUCACUCCCUUUGAACUCACUGUUGAAGACAGAGAUACCCCUGACAAACUCUUGAAAUUUACUGUCACCCAGAUGCCAGUCCAUGGUCAUCUGCUCUUCAACAAUACCAGGCCUAUUAUUGUCUUUACCAAGCAAGACUUGAAUGAAAACUUAAUCAGUUACAAACAUGAUGGCACAGAGUCCAUUGAAGACAGCUUCUCCUUCACAGUGACUGAUGGUACUCACACGGACUUCUAUGUUUUUCCUGACACAGUAUUUGAAACAAGGAGACCUCAGAUGAUGAAGAUCCAGGUCUUAGCUGUUGAUAAUAAUGCCCCUCAGAUUGCAGUGAAUAAAGGGGCCUCUACACUUCGCACUCUGGCCACUGGCCAUUUGGGUUUCAUGAUCACAAACAAAAUAUUGAAAGUGGAGGACAGAGACAGUCUACACUUUUCUCUUCGGUUUGUUGUGACAGAGGCCCCUCAUUAUGGCUAUCUCCUGAACCUGGGCAGAGGCAACCACAGCAUCAUUCAGUUCACCCAAGCUGACAUUGAUGACAUGAAAAUAUGCUAUGUCUUAAGAGAUGGGGCCAAUGCCACAAGUGAUACAUUCCAUUUUACAGUUGAAGAUAGUGGUGGCAACAAGUUGGCCAACCAGCAUUUUCGCCUGAAUUGGGCCUGGAUCUCCUUUGAAAAGGAAUAUUACCUGGUCAAUGAAGACUCCAAAUUUCUAGAUGUCGUUCUUAAACGUAGAGGCUAUUUGGGAGAAACUUCAUUUAUAAGUAUCAGCACACGCGAUGGGACCGCAGAGAAAGAUAAAGACUUCAAGGGCAAAGCACAGAGGCAAGUGCAGUUCAACCCGGGCCAGAGCAGGGCCACGUGGCGAGUGCGGAUCCUGAGCGACGGGGAACACGAACAGUCAGAGACCUUCCACGUGGUCCUCUCGGAGCCCGUGCUGGCGGCCCUGGAGUUCCCGUCAGCGACCACAGUGGAAAUCAUCGACCCAGGGGACGAGUCAACGGUGUUCAUUCCUCAGUCUGAGUAUUCCGUUGAAGAAGAUGUGGGGGAGCUGCUCAUUCCCAUCAGGAGGAGCGGAGACGCCAGCCGGGAGCUCAUGGUGCUCUGCUCCACACAGCAAGGAACAGCCACAGGGACGGUGCCCACCUCAGUGCUGUCCUACUCCGAUUACAUAUCCAGGCCCGAGGACCACACCAGUGUCGUCCGCUUUGACAAAGAUGAGCGGGAGCGAAUGUGCAGGAUCGUUGUGAUUGACGACUCCUUGUAUGAGGGGAAGGAGACGUUCCGAGUCCUUCUGAGCAUGCCCAUGGGCGGGAGGCUGGGCACCGAGUUCCCGGGGACUCAGGUCACCAUCCUUCCCGACAAAGAUGACGAGCCUACCUUCUACUUCGGGGAUGUGCAGUACUCUGUGGAUGAGAGCGCUGGCUACGUGGAGGUGCGGGUGUGGAGAGUGGGCACCGAUCUCUCCAGGCCUUCCAGCGUCACAGUGAGAUCUCGGAAAACGGACCCACCCUCUGCAGAUGCUGGAACAGACUACGUGGGAAUCAGUCGUAGCUUAGAUUUUGCCCCUGGAGUCAACAUGCAGACUGUCCGUGUCACCAUUCUGGAUGACCUCGGACAGCCAGUGCUGGAAGGAAUCGAGAAAUUUGAGCUGGUGCUCCGGAUGCCUGUGAAUGCUGCCCUCGGAGAGCCCAGCAAGGCCACAGUGUCCAUAAAUGACUCUGUCUCUGAUUUGCCUAAGAUGCAGUUCAAAGAACGCGUAUACACUGGCAGCGAAGGCGAGGGGCGGAUAGCAGCCGUGAUCCACCGGAGUGGAGACACCCAGCACGAGUCCUCCGUGAGGUGCUACACACGGCAGGGGUCCGCGCAGGUGAUGGUGGACUUUGAAGAGCGUCCCAAUACUGACAUCUCAGUCAUCACGUUCCUUCCCAGUGAGACUGAAAAGCCCUGCAUCCUGGAGCUGAUGGAUGACACACUGUACGAGGAGGUGGAGGAGCUCCGCCUGGUGCUUGGCUCACCACAAAGCACUGCCACCUUUGGGGCUGCCAUUGGUGAAAACAAUGAGACUCUGAUAAGGAUCCACGAUAAUGCUGACAAGACUGUGAUUAAAUUUGGAGAAACCAAAUUUAGCGUCACAGAGCCCAAAAAGCCAGGAGAGUUGGUGGUUGUAAAAAUUCCAGUGAUCCGCCAAGGAGACACGUCUCAAGUUUCCAUCGUGAGGGUCCACACAAAAGAUGGCUCAGCUACCUCUGGGGAGGACUAUUACCCGGUGUCAGAAGAAAUUGAGUUUAAGGAAGGAGAAACCCAGCACACUGUUGAAAUUGAAGUAAUCUUCGAUGGCAUAAGAGAGAUGCGAGAGGCCUUCACUGUUCACCUAAAACCUGAUGAAAAUAUGAUAGCAGAGACCCAGGUUACCAAAGCCAUUGUGUACAUAGAAGAAAUGAACAGCUUGGCAGAUGUUACUUUCCCUUCUGUUCCUCAAAUUAUGUCUCUGCUGCUCUAUGAUGACACCUCCAGAGCGAAGGAGGGUGCCAGACCCAUGUCGGGUUAUCCCGUCAUCUGCAUUACGGCAUGCAACCCCAAAUAUUCCGACUAUGACAAGACAGGCUCCAUCUGUGCAAGCGAGAGCAUCAAUGACACUCUGACCCAGUACCGGUGGCUGAUCAGUGCUCCUGCAAGCCCCGAUGGCGUCACCAGCCCCAUGAGAGAGGUGGACUUCGACACGUUUUUUACAUCGUCCAAGAUGAUCACUUUAGACUCCAUAUACUUUCAGCCAGGCUCCCGGGUGCAGUGUGCGGCCCGUGCUGUAAACACCAAUGGCGACGAAGGUCUCGAGCUGCUGAGCCCCAUCAUAACCAUUGGCAGAGAGGAAGGUCUCUGCCAGCCCCGCAUGCCUGGCGUAGUGGGUGCCGAACCAUUCUCAGCUAAGUUACGCUACACCGGCCCCCAGGACCCAGAUCACCCAAAUCUCAUCAAGCUCACAGUCACCAUGCCACACAUAGAUGGCAUGCUUCCUGUCAUCUCCACCAGAGAGCUGUCCAACUUUGAGCUGACCCUCAGCCCUGACGGCACGAGGGUGGGGAACCACAAGUGCUCUAACCUUCUGGAUUACACAGAAGUGAGGACCCACCAUGGCUUCUUGACUGACGCUACAAAAAACCCAGAAAUGGUUGGCGAGUCGUAUCCUUACCAGUACAGCGCGCCCCUCAGAGGCUCCAGCACUUUACGCUUCUACCGGAACCUGAACCUAGAGGCCUGUCUGUGGGAGUUUGUCAGCUACUACGACAUGUCGGAGCUUCUCACAGACUGCGGAGGCACCAUCGGGACCGAUGGACAGGUCCUAAACCUAGUGCAGUCCUAUGUGACGCUGCGUGUUCCUCUGUAUGUUUCCUACGUGUUCCAUUCCCCAGUGGGGGUAGGAGGCUGGCAGCAUUUUGAUCUGAAGUCAGAGCUUCGUUUGACUUUUGUAUACGACACUGCCAUCCUGUGGGACGACGGGAUUGGCAGCCCCUCAGAGGCUGAGCUCCAAGGUUCUCUCUACCCCACCAGCAUGCGCAUCGGGGAGGAGGGGCGCCUGGCCGUGCACUUCAAGACCGAGGCCCAGUUCCACGGGUUGUUUGUGCUGUCCCACCCCGCCUCCUUCACAAGCUCUGUGGUGGUGUCAGCUGAUCAUCCUGGCCUGACUUUUUCCCUCCGUCUCGUAAGGAGUGAACCGACAUACAACCAGCCUGUGCAGCAGUGGAGCUUUGUGUCCGACUUUGCAGUACGAGAUUACUCAGGGACUUACACUGUAAAGCUGGUGCCAUGUACCACGUCUUCCAGUCAGGAGUACCGUCUGCCUGUCACCUGCAGCCCAAGAGAGCCUGUCACCUUUGACCUGGAUAUUCGAUUCCAACAGGUCAGCGAUCCUGUGGCAGCUGAGUUUAGCUUGAAUACCCACAUGUAUCUACUGUCCAAGAAGAGCCUCUGGCUGUCUGAUGGAUCCAUGGGAUUCGGGCAAGAAAGUGAUGUUGCUUUUGCCGAAGGUGACACAAUUUACGGUCGUGUCAUGGUAGACCCCGUCCAGAAUCUCGGUGACUCCUUCUACUGCAGCAUCGAGAAGGUGUUCCUUUGCACUGGAGCAGACGGCUACGUUCCCAAGUACAGCCCGACCAAUGCAGAGUACGGCUGCCUGGCUGACUCCCCCUCACUCCUGUACAGAUUUAAAAUUGUGGAUAAGGCUCAGCCCGAGACCCAAGCUACUGGCUUUGGAAAUGUUCUCUUCAAUGCCAAACUGGCAGCAGAUGACCCAGAAGCUGUUCUCCUAGUGAAUCAGCCUGGAUCUGAUGGAUUUCAAGUGGACUCAACUCCCCUCUUUCAGGUUGCUCUAGGCCGGGAAUGGUAUAUACACACCAUUUAUACAGUAAGAUCAAAAGACAACACCAAUCGAGGCAUUGGCAAAAGAAGCGUGGAAUACCAGCACCAUGCUCUGGUACAGCACGGGAAACCCCAGGAGAUGCCCAAGAGCAGAAGGAAGAGGGAGAUCAGGAGCAUGCCCCCACUGGCCUGGGAAAUUGGUGCUGAAAACAACCGAGGAACAAACAUCCAGCACAUUGCACUGGACCGCACAAGCAGGAGGCAGGUCCCUCAAGGGAGAGUUCCUCCUGAUGGUGUCCUGCCCCGUGAGCUCAGCAGCCCCACCUCUGAGCUCAGCCUGGUCACUGUUGGGGGAGGCAUUGCAGUGGGCUUGCUCACCAUCUGCCUCACUGUCAUUGCAGCAGUGAUGUGUAAGAACAAGAAAAGCACCCGUGGGAAGGACACCCCAAAGGGCUCAGGCCACAUGAAGCCCACGGUGUCCUCACAGAUCCACUGCAGCGACAGCUCAGAGGUGUGAUGCCCACACGUCAAAUUCAGCCUUCUUCUCAAGUGCCUCAGAAAGACUAAAAUAGAACCCCAAAUGCUUCUGACUGACAGCAGAAAAUUGGGGGUUUCUGUGAUGGAGCUGCUCAGAGAAUCUGACUGGACUAAUACACUUUGAUGGAGUUUUGUCUACUCUCUAUAUAUCAAAGGACAAAUUCAGGCCACAGCUUUUCUUUUCUCCAUGGGACAGCAGCAGUAUACUCAGACCUACACAGGCAGAGCCAUGGAUGGAUAGAAGCACACUUAUUUUACACAUGUUCUCUAGACAGUGGAGGUAAACCUCAUCAAAGGUGCUAACACUCUCACUGGAGCUUGAGAGGAGUCCAUUGUUAUGUUGGUGUGAACUUUGAAGGUACAGUUCUCACACUGUUUAUUCAUUGUAUAAUCCAUAAUCACUAGAAAGUUUUUAGUUGGUAGUCUGGAAGACUGACAAACAUGCACUGUUUAUUCAUUGUUUAUUAUGACAAGUUUUCCAAUAGGUGAAGACAGCAUAGAAUUAUGACCAGGGCUAACUGAAACCACAAAUAACCUUUUCCACUAUUUGGAAAAGAGUAGAAAGAAAGAUAGAAAUGAACUCAUUGGCUUGGAUUUGAAUUGCUUUUCAUCCUCCUCAAAUCCUCCUUGCUUCAUUUGCUAUUUAAUUUUAAAUUAAACCAAAGAAUAUGUUAAUUUUAGGAAAGAAUUUUUUAUGAGUCGAACUCUUGCAUAGCAAUGUAUCUUAUUGGUGCUCAACACUUGUGGGAAAUCAGUGAAGAGGUGACCUUUUUAUGAUAAACAACAUAGAGUCAGAUUCACUACAAGACAAUGUUCUGUAAGAACUGAGCCUAGAUAUUUGCAGUAUUGAACCCACAAAUGAUAAUGAGAAACAGCUUUACAGAUGGUGAAGGGAGAAAGUGCUAUUUAUUAAUAGAGAGAGUAUAAUCAGUAUGACUUGUACACAUACUUUGUAGACUGAAAGAACAUUUUGACAGGUGAUGAAGUUGCCCUCAGAGCUACACAGCAGGACAAAAACAUCCAGAACUUAAAUUGGUUGUAGGAUAUUUUAUUAGCUUUCUAAUUAUAUCUGAUCAAAACAGUAGAAAUCCCUGCAGUGUCAUCCAAGAAAUUGGUCUUGCAGGUGGCUCACCUACUGAUCAGAUUCUUACUUCAUUUGACCAAAAAGCAUCAUUCUUUGGCAUCCCAGUUCAGUGAGUUGGGGCUACGUGCUCCCUCUUACUCUCUGAAUAUAAUUUGUUAGCACUGCUAAUCAUCCACCAUAUAAAACCAAGCAAGUGGAAUGAGCUUCCUUAGCAAGCCUCCCAUUGCCUAUCUGCACAACUCUUUUUUUUUUUUUUUUUUUAAUCACAUGGUAGGAAUUGUGGUGGAGAAGUAAAAACUUCAGUAGUGGUGUGGCUAGUCUUCCAAAAGCUGCCAAAUGUAUUUAAAGCAAAAUCAAGUUUGGGAGAAAAAAAGUGAUUUCCAAAGAUGAGGCCUUGAGAUGCUGCCUGGAAUUUCUUCCCCUUCCCAGGAGUCUCUUACUAAUUGGACGUCCUAGUGGAAAAGAGAUCUCUGGAGGGAAGAUGCCUCCUCAAGUGAGCAGGCAUGUUACCCUGAGCAUCUGCACACACCAGCCAACUCUUGAUUGAGGGAAGGAAGCUCUCCUAGUACAGGAGCACAAGGGAAACAUGCCUAAUCCUUGCAUCUCUGUCUUUCAGGCCUUUCAUAUUCAAAGUCUUCUAAUGAAUAAAGUAGGCUGUAGGAUCUUCAGUUGGGCAGUCUGCAAGUAUCACCAACAUCUCAGAGAGUUCCCCCAAGAAGUUACAUAAACAGAAAAUACUGCAUAGCCCUGGAGCUCAUUCAUCAAUAUAAGUCAUAGUAUUUUCUUAAUUAUCCCUUUUCUUUUGCUUUGUCUUCUGGCAUGCUUAGCUACUUUUUUGGCUACCUCAUAAUUUGCAUGGGAAUUAACAUGAAUUAAGCAGCUUCAGAUUAAAUAUGGGCUUUUUACUAUUGAACACUGAGUUUAAUGUGUGAAACUUUAGAACAAAGAUCCUUAAUCAACUUUCUGAUAUGCUAGUAGUUAAGCAAUUCAUAGUCUGGCUGUCUUCCGGUCUCUGUCAGUGAAUACAGUAAUCAGAAAAACAUCAUUAUGGCCAGUCUGUUUUGAACCUUCCAAUCAGGAUAGCUUUACACUAAAUUUCAUUCCACAAUUUGUUGUUCUAAUGUGGUUAUAAUCUAUAAAUUGGAGAGCUUAUUAAAUAUAAAACAAGUAUAUCCUUUUCUAAUCAAAAGAAAUUUAUCCACCUCUGUCCAUCUCUUCUCUUUAUCUGCUUUCUAUUCUUCUUUCCUUUAUCCUCUUGGAAAAAGAGAGGGUCUGUGAGAAAUAGAUAAUGCUCUUCUAAGUAAAAAUUAUUUGGAUUUUUGCUUCAUUUUUAAAAAAAAAUCUAUUUAGUAAAUGAAUGAUUUCCCAUACAUUAAAACCUUUCUCUGUAGGAAAAAUGAGAUAAGAUUUUUUUGUGAAAUAAAAUAGAUCCUUAGUUUCAAAGUUUUGUUUUUAGUGCUGUUCUUGUAUUACCAGAACAAAUACAUAAAAUAACUUACCCUAGAGAACAGGAUGUAAGCAGCAAUAGCUCCUUAGUUACUCAGUACCUCUUGGCCCUAAACAAGAUCUUGUUGAUAUUAAAUAGUAAAACCAUAAAAUGAAAAAAAUCAUUACCAUUCAUAUUUAUAUCUUGUAAGAAUGUGAACCAUAAAGUAUUAAAAUACAUAAAUAGUGUAAUGAUGGCCUCAUUUAUUCAUAUUCAUUUCCUUAGUUGACAUUUAUUGAGGGCUCACCUAACAUUGAUUAGUCAUUCUGAGAAACUCUGUAGAAAGCCAGCUACUUUACCUGUCCUCAGUGAGCUGAUAGUUACCUGAGGCUCUUUCUCGAGACUGACAUGUCAGGAUUUACAUCAGGUUCUCCUCUGGACCAAGAAUACAUGAUGCAUAUCUGUGAAACACAAUUUAAAAAUCUCUCCAGAGCACAAAUAAUACAAUCUACUCUCUUCCUCUACAAAAGCCUUGUCUGUUAUAAGUCACUCUAAUCACAGAUGAAAUACAAAAUAUUUCCAACCAUCUACUUGAUGGUUUAUUUA